UCGAGUGUCUUUCCAAAAAAAAAUCAUUCGAGUGAGUGACACACAAGAAAAUAUGGAAGGGAAAGUGUUGAGAUUUGCCACCAUUGUUUCUCUCUUGCUUUUGGUCGCCUUGGUUGGCGCCACCAUUGCCAACGCCUAUUCGAACGCCAAGGUGUUCGAUGUCCGUCGCUACGGAGCAAAGCCCGACGGCAAGUCCGAUUCCAGCGAGGCAUUUUUGGCGGCUUGGAACGACGCUUGUAAAUAUGAAGGGAAGGCGAGGGUGGUGGUGCCGCCAGGGGAGUUCGUAACGGACGCAAUCAUGUUCUUGGGUCCUUGCAAAGGAUCGAUGGGGUUUAUAAUGAAAGGACGGUUGUCGCCUCCCGAUAGGCUCAGCGACCCCGCUAAGUGGAUCACCUUCCGGUACGUUAACGGGCUGAUGGUUUCCGGCCACGGCACCUUCGACGGCAGGAGUUACGCCGAUCCCUCUCCCAAACCUUCGGCCAUGCAGUCGUUGCGGUUCGAUUUCAUAAACGACGGCGUGAUCAGCCACAUCCGCUCGGUGAACAGCCGUAACGCGCACAUGCAGAUCUACGGGUGCAACAAGAUCCGUAUGCACAACAUCCUCAUCAAGGCCCCCGGCAACAGCAAAAACACCGACGGGAUCAAGAUCGGGGCGUCGACCGACGUCCACGUCACCAACUCGGUCAUCGGGACCGGCGACGACUGCAUCGCCAUCCUGGGGAAGAGCUCCGACAUCCACGUGUCGCAGGUCUUCUGCGGGCCCGGCCACGGCAUCAGCAUCGGGAGCAUGGGCUACUACCCGAACAACGAGAACAACGACGUCGUCACGGGCGUCACGGUGACGGACUGCACCUUCCGUGGCACGACCGACGGUGUCAGGAUCAAGACGUGGGCCACGCCCUACGCCGGCCUGGUCCAGAAUCUGACCUUCAGUAAUAUCCAUCUCGACAGCGUGGAUAAUCCCAUUAUUAUUGAUCAGGAGUACUGCCCUAAACCUCCGUGCAAUCAGGUGCCAUCACAUAUUCGAAUCGAGGAUGUGACGUACGACAACGUAUGGGGGACGUCGAGGUCGGCGGUGGCAGUGAAGUUGAACUGCAGCAAGAUGUACGGGUGCAAGGGGUUGGUGUUGAAGGACAUAAACAUGAUUCAGAAGAAUGGACUCGACGCUACUUCGUUUUGCUCCAAUGCCGUCGGCGCCACUCACGGCGUGCAAAAACCGUCGCCUUGCUUGUAGCUUUGUAGGGCAGGCCGCCAUGUUUAUUAUUUUUAUUAUUUUUUUCUUGGCCAAUUGGGUGCCACAAUUAGGAACGGAUCAAGCAGUGAUUAGAGAGGAUUAGCUACUAGAAAUAAAGACGGCGGGAAUUAAGUGGUGGUAAUGCAGUAAUGCAGCCACCCUUCGAAGCCGGGUCGUUAUUAUGUUAAGGAAUCGGAGGUUAGAGUAGAGAGUCUAGAUAGUCAUGGUUUGAGUAAUUAUGUUAGCCUUUGGGAGGAACUAUGUAGGCAUUGUCACAAUUGUUGAUUUGGGUUUAUGGAAAUGUCCAUUUGUUUACUUCAGUUCAGAGUUGGGAUCAAACCAUUUAGAGGUUCG